CAAAAAAAAUAAAUUUAAUUCAUUUUUUUUAACAUUUAUUUAAAAUUUUAUAUGGAUUAUCUCGAAUAAAAUAUUAUAAUAAACUAUUCUGAACGAACAGAUGAUAUUUAGAUGGGGCUAUAUUGGAUCGAUAUUAUGGCCAGGUUGGUCCAUAACUAAUAACAAGGAGUUUAUCUUUAGCUGCAUAGCCUUUGCCAUAAUCGCGUUUUCAUAUGAAGCUAUAAAAUCAUUAAAAGAAUAUCUAUUUAAAUACCCGCUAUUUUUCAAUAGGAGUAAAUACGUGUUCAAGAAUAAUGAAUACAAAUUAUUUAUAUGCGAACACGGCUCAUCAAUUAUACCCCGAGGAAAUAAGGUUAGGAGGAGAAAUUCGGCAUCAAAUACUGAUAGACACUUUUCUAAAUCAUAUUCCACUCGCGAGUAUAGCAGACCCAGUUAUCAGGAUACUGUAGAAAAUUUGGUCAAUUUAAAUAAAAUCCAAAAUAUUUAUUCGGACGAGCCAGACAUCCUAACCUACCCUUUGAGUGAUGAUAAUAUUCUGUGCCAUUGUCGAAAUAGAAUAAUAUUCAAUAUAUGGGACCAUAUUCUUCAAUCAAUAAUAGUGACUUUGCAAACUCUCAUAGGACUGACUCUGAUGAGCAUUUCGAUGUCGCUUAAUAUUUGGUUCUUCUUAUCAAUUAUUAUUGGAGCUGGUAUCGGAUAUAUGUGCUUCCAAUUAAAGGAAUGGAAAAUUAUUAACAAAUAAAAAUUAACUAAUUAAUUUGACCAAAAAAAACUAUUUCAAAAAUAUUAAUUUUUUUUAACUUGGUAAUAUCACAAUUAUCCAUUGCUGAUUAAUGCGCAUUAUCAUAAUUAAUCCACAUUUGAAUCUGGGGAAUCAAAGCGUUUAGCAUACAAAAUUAACUCUAGACCUCUAUAUGUAAUAUAUACAAUAACGAGACAAGGAGUUGAAUUGAUGCUCAAAAAAAAGAAUGAAAUUAAAUAGAUUGCCAAUUUAUUAUUUUUUUAGAUAUAUAAUGAACGAGAUAAUAUAAAUAUUACUCUGUAAUCAUAUACAAAAAAAGCAAUACAAAAAUAUUUGAAGCUAUUGGUGGAACAUUAACAUCGACUGAGAAUUAUAGGGUUCUAUAUCCACUUUUUUGAAAGAUGCCAUUUUUUUUAUAUAUAUAAUGAAUUCUUUAACCACUAUAUUCUUAUAUAUCCACAAUAAAAAAAUUUAAAAUAUAUAAUUGAGAAUAAUCCUUUAUUCGCAAUUUUACAUAAAAUGCAAGAAAUAUAUUUUUUUAAAUGCUCGCCUGAACAAUUAAAAAUAAAUGGAUAUAAACAUUAUAA